AUGUCUGAAGUGGAAAAAACCGUGGCUUCGGCUUCGGAGCCCACCGCCGCGAUGCUGGACGCCCUGAACGCCAACGGGACGGAGGCGCUCAACGCGACCGCCAAGUUCGUGGCCACGCCGGAGGGCACGGCACUGGCAUACGGCAGCCUGGUGGUCAUGGCUCUGGUGCCCAUCUUCUUUGGAGCCUUGCGCUCCGUGGCCUGCUCCAAGUCCAAGAAUGCGUCAGACAUGCCAGAGACCAUCACCAGUCGAGAUGCUGCCCGAUUCCCCAUCAUCGCCAGCUGUACUCUCUUUGGACUCUACCUUUUCUUUAAGGUUUUUUCUCAAGAGUACAUAAACCUACUUCUAUCUGUCUACUUCUUCGUGCUUGGCGUCCUGGCGCUGUCUCAUACAAUGAGUCCUCUUCUGUCCAUGGUGUUUCCAGCUUCUAUACCAAACAAGCAGUACCAGCUGCUCUUCACACAGGGUGUCGGUGAGGCCAAAGAAGAGAUCAUCAACUAUGAGUUUGACACCAACAACCUGGUAUGUUUGCUUGCCAGCAGCGUCGUGGGAGUGUGGUACGUUCUCAAAAAGCACUGGAUCGCCAACAACCUCUUUGGCCUGGCCUUUGCCCUCAAUGGGGUUGAGCUACUGCAUUUGAACAAUGUCAGUACUGGAUGCAUCCUGCUGGGGGGGUUGUUUGUCUAUGACAUCUUCUGGGUAUUUGGUACCAAUGUCAUGGUGACAGUUGCAAAGUCGUUUGAGGCACCUAUCAAACUGGUGUUUCCUCAAGACUUGUUGGAGAAAGGUCUUGACGCCAGCAACUUCGCCAUGCUGGGUCUGGGUGACAUCGUCAUCCCGGGCAUCUUCAUUGCACUCCUGUUGCGUUUUGACAUCAGCCUGAAAAAGAACAGCAGGACAUACUUCUACUCCAGCUUCUUGGCUUACAUCUUCGGACUGGGCCUCACCAUCGUGAUCAUGCAUACUUUCAAGCAUGCACAGCCCGCUCUGCUCUACCUGGUACCAGCCUGUGUCGGCUUCCCAGUUUUGGUGGCCCUCUUCAAAGGAGAACUUACCGAAAUGUUUAGGUACGAGGAGUCCUUUGAAGAGGAGGUGCUAGCUAAAGAUGGCCCGUCAGAAUCGCUGAAGAAGGAACAAUAG